UGCUKUGACAUCAUUGGGUUUUUGGACUCAUAGACAACAAUACUAUUCAAGAAAUCAGUUGUAUCGGCAACUAUUGACUAACAGUAAUCCCAAUGUAUUACAAUGGGAUGGAUUGAUGAGGAGUGCCCUAAUGGUUGAGAAUAAUGCCCUUUACGAUCAAAUAUACGAUAAAUUGGACGAUAAGGUUGUCAGCAUAAGUCUCAUAGCACUCGACAGAUCUGGAAGACAUAACUUGGGUUUCGGUUGUAUCGUUAGCGUCACUCCCGACCGGUGUCUAGUAUUGACCAGUUAUCACUUGAUAGGCGACAUUUCCUCWGUAAUUAUUGUGUUGCCAUACGAAUACAGAAUUUGCGAUAUGUUGGCCGAUCCUCGCUAUCAAAACGAAACAAUUAUGACUGAUUUGUUACAGGGAAGGGUAGUGUAUGCCGAUCAACAAUACAAUCUGGCACUGAUCGAGUUGCCCGCAACAAAACCCGAUAUAUUCAAUGAAAUACCGAUUGCAACUGAUCUUAAAACGGGUGACGACGUAAUGCUUAUCGGUAGGGCUAUGAAACCAUCGACUUUAUCAGAUGGCAUCGUAUUGACCGAAAAGAURAACAAACUGUCCGGCGGAACACUUGAAUACCUAUCGACGUCUGCACUGCCCAACGAUUACAGCUAUACGAUGUGUACGACACUAAUGGACAUAUCGUUUAUCGGCGGACCAGUGGUUGACCAGAACGGGUCAUUGGUUGGCGUUUGUUCGACACAUUUGAAUCUGACAUAUUGUGCGGCCAUCAAACUCGACGAUAUUCGCCAAUUUUUGCAUAAUUUUCAACACAAUAACCAUUUUAAGGAACGACAGACAGAAAGAAGACAACGUUCUGCCAGAUCUCUGGGUCUGAUUGUCCAAUACGUCAACAACAACUCAUACCUAAUCAAAGAGAUACUACACAAUGCACCAGAUAUUGUUAAAAAUACAAUAAGAGAAAAUGACAUAAUUGUGUCAAUCAAUCAAAAUAACAUUAAUUCAAUCUAUCAAUUGAAAGAUGCCGUCCAUAACAGUGCCGACGGCAUCAUUGAGUUGAAUAUCCGCAGAGAUGGUAUCGAAGGAGAUAUAUUCAUACAUUUUAAUAUCGAUUAUUUGGAGGAAUGUUAUUGUAAUUGA